UACGCGAGGACGAAGACAAACAACGAAGAGAAUCAAUCUCACAAUAAUUUUAUAAAUAAACUCCAAAUCCACUAGAUUGUAAAGCUUCUCUGUAACUUCUCUUCUUCAAUGUUGUCUUCUAGAUCUUGAGUGAGAGAAAAUUUACAGAACAAAAUCAAAAUCAAUCCAUGGCGCCCAAAUCGAAGAACCUUCGUUAUCAACCGCGAAAAUCUUCAUCGCGAUCGACUCAAGCCUUCACGGUGCUCAUCCUUCUGCUCGUAGUGAUUCUGAUUCUUCUCGGUCUCGGGAUCUUGUCACUUCCCAAUGCGAACAGGAACUCUUCGAAGCCGAACGAUUUGACCAACAUUGUACGGAAGAGCGGAGAGAGUUAUGGAGAUGAGGAAGGGAACAACGAGCGUUGGGUUGAAGUGAUUUCUUGGGAGCCUAGAGCUGUUGUGUACCACAAUUUCCUGACCAAUGAAGAAUGUGAGCACCUGAUCAGCCUCGCCAAACCGAGCAUGGUUAAGUCAACCGUGGUUGAUGAGAAAACCGGUGGGAGCAAAGAUAGCAGAGUAAGGACGAGCUCAGGAACUUUUCUUAGAAGAGGACAUGACGAAGUUGUCGAGACGAUUGAGAAAAGGAUUUCAGAUUUCACCUUCAUUCCUGUUGAAAAUGGAGAAGGCCUUCAAGUUCUUCACUACCAAGUUGGGCAGAAGUAUGAGCCUCACUAUGACUAUUUCUUAGAUGAAUUCAACACCAAGAACGGAGGACAGCGAAUAGCUACUGUACUUAUGUACCUCUCGGAUGUUGAUGAUGGUGGCGAGACUGUGUUCCCGGCAGCAAAAGGAAACAUUAGUGCAGUCCCGUGGUGGAACGAGCUGUCAAAAUGUGGCAAAGAAGGGCUCUCUGUUCUACCAAAGAAGCGAGAUGCUUUACUUUUCUGGAACAUGAGACCUGAUGCUUCUCUAGACCCGUCGAGUUUGCACGGUGGAUGUCCAGUGGUGAAAGGAAACAAAUGGUCUUCCACGAAAUGGUUCCAUGUCCACGAGUUCAAGGUUUAAGAAAAAGAAAGUUCAAAUUUGAGGAGGUUUUCCCGACAGACCAAAUUUGUGUUGAUACAGUUAAAACAGAUGUAUUGUUGUACGUCCCUUUUGAAGUGAGAGAGAUCCUUAGGAAAUUGGAGGCUGUUUUUUUUGUUUCAUGAGGGAUAUUUGAACUUUUUCUACUUUACUUAUUAAACUAUUUGAACCUUUUGUAACUUUACAUGUUCAGUCUGAGUUUUAUAACUUUGAUAAUUUAAUACAACCAUGCAUUUU